UCCAAUAUCUCGGCAGCCAUCUUUUUCACGAAGCCAGUACUCAUCGUCGUCAUCGAAGUAAAUGUGGUUUGGCAUCAGCUGCGGAUAGUCUUUCACGGGCAGGCAGGACGAGUAAUUGGUCCCUAUGAAAACUGCAUUGUCCCCCAAGCUAUCUCCGGCGGCCCAGGCCCAACAGAGCAGCUCCCCCCCGUUCCUCUUCGCCGCUCAUUUCCGGCCGCCGCAUGUCUCUGUGCGGCCCCUUGCGCUGACUCAACCUCCCCCUGCUCUACAUCGUGACGGAGUGGCGCGAUGGAGCUGCGGUCGGGCCACCGCCUCAAUCCUCCGUCGUUGUCCGUGCCGCGCCGGCGCCGUCCCUUCCGCUCAGAAGGCGGCGGAACGGACCGGAUCAGCGCUCUUCCCGACGACCUGCUCCUCCAGGUACUCGUUCGUCUCCGCUGCGCUCGCACCGCCGCCCUCACCAGCGCCCUUGCCCGUCGAUGGCGCGGCCUCUGGAGGUACCUUGCCGAGCUCUCCUUCCGCGAGAUCGCGCCGGACGCCGUGGAAGCCGCCCUUGUCCAGGUCGCCAGCCCCACCAUCUCCCUCCUUGAGAUUGACAUACCCGAGGAGCACAGGGACCAGAUUGACCCUGCCCGCGUCUCCGCGCUGCUCCGUACGGCCGCGCGGCUGGCGCCCACGGGCCACGGCUCUGGUCCUUGCUGUUUGGGGGAACUUUAAAGAUCGUAGGAUUCCUAUCGAGGUUCCUGUAUUCCACCGAGCCACCUCGAUCAAGCUGGAAGUGCAAAACCUGUAUCUAACACCGCCGGCCCAUGGACAUGAGUUCCCUGUGCUGGAGAGGCUGUCCGUCGCUGGCUUCUGCUUCGACAUGGAUGAGCUUAUCCAGCGCUGCCCUCGCCUGCGCGUACUAGAGGUCGGCAACGGCUGGGGUCUCGGUAAGAUCAGAGUCCACUCACCGACGAUCGAGGAGCUUGUCGUGGACUACCCCUAUGAUGUGUGUGGCAUCGACAUCAUGGCACCUGUGCUUAGGAAGUUCGAGGUGUGGACCUGGAUGAGCUUGGAUUUCAGCGUGUCGUUCAACGCGCCGAUGGUGGAGAAUCCAUGGUGGGACAUCUAUUGCAACCUUGAAAAUGUCGGGUUUGAUGUCUGGCGCUUGCGCAGACUAAGCCCAGGGAAGGAGGAGAGCGGCAAUACCCUACGGUUAUCCAUAGAUGCUCCGUGCAGACAAGUAUGCCCAUCAAAUUGUCCUUGUGAGCAACCACAAAACUGGAGAAGUCAAAUUAUCUCCUUGGCAGCUCUUGAAGAAGUAGAAAUAGAAUGUUUCGAAGGAACUGGCAAUGAAAUUGAUUUCUUGAAACUUCUGUUCAGAUCCACGCCUCUGAUGAAAACAAUGACCAUGACAUUGUCCCCUGAGGUUUUACCAACCAGCAGAGGAUGCAAGAAAACCUACAGGAUUUUUAGGGAAAACCCAUCUGUGAAAUGCCGUGUUUAUCGCAGCGGUGGGGAGGAGGUUCUGUACCCUUGAUGGUCAAAUGCUUCUGGCUAUAAUCAGAGAUGGUAUCCUCAAGCUAUGUUGUCUAAGCUUGAACGCCUGCUGUGUGUUACUUAACUUAGCAUUCAUAUUUUGCUGAAGGUUUCAGAACAGUUCAAUUAACAGAUUUUCUGUUCUGGACGCUGAUCGAAAUGUGUUGAUGUGAAUUAACAUGCUUGGUUUUGAAUUUCCCAGCUUUUUAGCUCUAUGAUUAACCUGCAUAUUCCUUAGGCUGAAUUGGAUAUCAACGCUCCAAUGGAUUAGUAGAUGUUUCACAUUACGUGGUGGUAGAGGUAUUGUUUUUUGUGAGGUAGCAGAGAUAUAGUCAGGUCAAGACCUAAGGGUGAUUUUGGCGUUGCUCCAGCUGACCAGGACUCCAGGAGAGAAUGGGGGGCAGCGGUGUUGCGGCUCGGCCACUUCCAGGACUACUCUAUGGCUGAAGAAGAUAAAGAGGGAGCGAAGAUCUGGCCAUCUCCUUCGGCUCCCACCAUUAUCAUCAGACCUGCCUCCCCAGAAAGAAAUGAAGUUCUUGUGAUUUUCAAAGUGCGACAAGAUAUAUUCUUAUGGGGCUUGCUUCGGUAGACCCCCCCCCCCCCCCCCCCCCCAAACAAAACGUAGAAGGGCAGAAUGGGCAUACGGAAGGGCAUACAUAUACGCGGUUGGAAAAAAAACUACCCAUCUGGUCGCCCGCCCGCAAAAACUACCCACGAUCUAGGCCCGCCCCUAUCUUCUCGCCCGCCCAUCUGGUCGCCCGCCCGCCGAUCACAGUAGUUCCAAAGUGGCCGAUCGCCGCCGUCCGAACCCCGUCCGAGGCCACCCUCGCCAUCCCAACGUCGCCCGUCGCCGCCCUCGCCGUCCCAACAUCGCCCGUCGCCGCAUCUCACCGUCGUCCGACGACGCAGACGUGAAGGGCCCGACGUCUGACACCGCCCUCGCCGCCCGAACCCCGUCCGACACCGCCCUCGCCGUCGCAACGUCGUCCGUCGCUGCAUCUCACCGUCAUCGUCCUACGCCGGGGACGUGAAGGGCCCGACGUCUGACGCCGCCUCCGCAGCACUGUCGUCGAACGCCGGCGACGUCUACACCGCGGGCCAAGGUUUGUCAUCUAAACCUAGCGGGCAUGGGGCGGGCAUGAUGGAUAGAAGUGAGGUCUAGUUCAUGCAUGUACUGAUUUAGGGUUUAGGGUUCAUCAAAACCUCCCGCCGCAGCGCCUCCUCUACGGACUAGGGCAUGAUUUACAGAACUAGCGUUGCUUUGGGCAUGAUGCAUUGUACUAAACCUAACACACGAUGUUUUGCAGUUCUAUGAGUUUGGCGUGUUGACAUGGACGAAGAAUCAGCAUUCGGGAGGGACGAGAAUGGUACUGAUAAGGUGACUAAGACCGAUAACGAUAAUUUGAACGAAGAUGAUGACAGCAGCGACAACGAUUCCGUCUCGUCAUAUGAUAUCUUACCUCCGGAGGAUUUUGAUAAUAAUGAACAUGGCGCAAAUAGCGACAACGAAGAUGUGGAUGUUGACAAUGUGCAACAUAGUUGGCAGGAAUCAUUUGCAGAUAACUUGAGCCAGGAGGAGUCAGAUGGUCCUGUACUUGAUGACGAUGAGAGAGAGAUUGAUAUUGAGGAGGCUCAAAGGGAGCAGAAGAUGCUUGAGACACAUUGGAAGGUCAUGGCUAUGACCUUUCGGUCGCAAGGGGAUGCAUACAUAUUCUACAACAAUCACGCCAGAGAGCACGGGUUUAGUAUCAGGAAACAGAAGGUGAAACGAGGUGCUUCGGGAAUGAUACGGUACCGGCGGUUUCUUUGCUCCAGGGCAGGGAGAAGGCAGAGCAAGUUCAUAACCAUGGAGGGCCGCAAGCGCAGGCUUAGACCGGAGACUCGUUGCGACUGCGGUGCACAUAUGGUGGUGAAGCUGGACAGAGAACGUGGCGUUUGGUUCGUCGCAUCAUUCGUGGAUGAUCACAACCACGCGAUGGCUCGGCCCGACGAGGUUUGUUUUUUGUGGUCACACAGACGGAUUGGAGAUGGCUAGAGGGCGGAGAUAUUGGCGAUGGAAGCAGCCGGGAUAAGAAAGCAUAUUAUAAUGGACAACUUCAUCAGCAGAUACGGUUCGUAUGAUAAGUGCGGGCUUAUCAGGAGGGACAUUUACAAUCUUUGUUGCAGAGAAAAAACGAAGCUCAUUGCAAAGGGAGAUGCAGAGACGGCAGUUGGCAUUAUGAAGAGCAGGAAGGAGAAGGACCCUGAGUUUUUUUUGAGUAUGUGCGUGACAAGGAAGGGCGAUUGAAGAGUAUGUUCUGGUGCGAUGCACAGUCGCGGAGGGACUAUCAGGACUACGGAGAUGUGGUCGUGUUUGAUAGCACGUAUAAGAUGAACAGAUACGGUAUGCCGUUCGUCCCCUUUGUCGGAGUUAACAACCACCGUUGCACCAUAGUGUUUGGUUGUGCCAUCAUUGCUGACGAGACGGAAGGGACAUACGUGUGGCUGCUGCAGACAUUUAUGAAGGCAAACUGUGAGGUGAAGCCAAAGUCAAUAAUCACAGACAAUGACGCUGCAAUGAUCCGGGCUAUUCGGACUGUCCUUUCAGAUGUUUUCCAUCGUCUUUGCUCCUGGCAUAUCGAGAAAAAUAUGCAAAGGCACCUACAUUACAAGUCACUGGAUGAGUUCAGAUCGCUCCUGUACUAUGCCACCUCUCAAGCGAACUUUGAGCAGAGAUGGAAAGCUUUCUAUGAUAAGUGGAAGAUGGAUAGAACCGAAGAGUGGCUUGACAGGAUGUACAGGAAGAGGAGACUUUGGGCAGCUUCAUAUCUUUCCGAUGGUUUUUUCCUUGGUAUGCGAAGUAACCAGAGGAGUGAAAGCCUCAACUCCUGCCUUCACCUUCACCUGGACUACGGUAUGACAAUUGUUGAUUUGGUGGUGCAUUAUGAGAACUGUAUAGUUCGUCUGCGUGAGAACGAGGCGUACGAUGACUGCGAGGCAUUCCAGAAGGAACCACCGUCGGUUACUGAAUAUAAGGCCCUUGAGGAGCAUGCCGCCAAAGUAUUCACACCUGCUAAUUUCUACAUCCUGCAAGAUGAUUUGCAUAAGAUGGGUCAGCUGGAGAUAUUUGAGACGCUCGUGGGAAUUGGGCGUCAAACAUUCAUGGUGACAUGGAAGGAUAACCACAAGUUCAGGUACAAUGUUGUUUAUGAACCAGGUAACUCAGAACAAACUAUUACAUGCAGUUGUCUUAGGAUGGUUCGGAAAGGGCUGCCAUGCAAACACAUUCUGUUUGUUCUCCAUCAUCUGAACUUAACUGAAAUACCAAAGUGUUGUGUCAUGCAUCGGUUGUCCAAACAUGCGAGAGAUGGGUUGCCUGUGCAGCGGAAGAGUGAUAUGUUUGGAUGGGGUUGGUCAGGGCCAUUGGAGAGAGAACGGCAUAGUGCAAUAACCAUUAAAACCGCAGAAGCUGCUCAUGUUGCAGCAAAUGAUCCUUUCUUGUACGACGAGUUGAUGAAGUGUCUGGACAACAUAAUAGCGCAGAAAAAGAUUUCAGAGGAGGAACUUAUAGGAAGUAGAAGGUAUGCUAUGCUGAAGAAGGAGGCAAGUCAGGCGCAACAAGUUGAGCCUGGUAUUGGUGAUCCUCAGAAAGUUUCGACGAAGGGUGCACCUAAGAAGGGGCGAUCGAAGGGGGGCCCCGACGUUACAAAGAAUGGUAGGCCAAAAGAUUUUACAGAGAAGAAAAGUGGUCCUUUGUGCAGUCUGUGUGGUCUCCCAGGUCAUAACAAGGCUACAUGCAGUAAGA